AUGGCCAAAACUCAGCGCAACAAAAAUACAAUGGGACACUUGGGAUUGCUCAAGGCUCGACUAGCCAAAUUGCGUCGUGAACUGAUCGAACCAAAAGGAGGUGGCGGUGGAGCUGGUGAAGGAUUUGAUGUGGCCAAAACUGGUGACGCGAGAAUAGGAUUUGUGGGGUUCCCUUCCGUGGGGAAAUCAACGUUGUUGUGUAAUUUGGCUGGAGUUUAUUCCGAGGUGGCUGCUUAUGAGUUUACUACGUUGACCACAGUCCCCGGUGUAAUUCGAUAUAAGGGAGCGAAAAUUCAACUGCUCGAUCUCCCCGGUAUCAUAGAGGGAGCGAAAGAUGGAAAAGGGCGAGGGAAACAAGUGAUUGCCGUUGCUCGCACGUGUUCUCUGAUCUUGAUGAUUUUGGAUGUAUUAAAACCGUUGCAUCACAAACGUCUCCUGGAACACGAACUGGAAGGUUUUGGGAUUCGAUUAAAUAAAAGCCCUCCUAAUAUAACUGUUAAGCGAAAGGACAAAGGUGGUUUGAACUACCAGGCUCUGGUUCCUCAGUCAGAGUUGGACAAAGAAACGGUGAAAACAAUCUUGGCUGAGUACAAGAUGCAUAAUGCUGAUGUUUUGUUACGCUGUGACGCUACCGCUGAGGACUUGAUUGAUGUUAUUGAGGGCAAUCGUGUGUAUAUUCCUUGUAUUUAUGUCCUGAACAAAAUCGACCAAAUUUCCAUUGAAGAAUUGGAUAUCAUUUGUCGAAUACCUCAUUGUGUCCCAAUCUCAGCCCAUCAUAAGUGGAAUUUCGACGACCUACUCGAGAUGAUCUGGGAAUAUUUGCAUUUGAUCCGUAUCUACACAAAACCAAAAGGUCAAGGUCAGCUACCGGAUUACACUGCCCCCGUCGUGCUUCGUUCCGCGUCGCAUAGCGUUGAAGACUUCUGCAACAAACUGCAUCGUUCGAUCAUCAAAGAAUUUAAAUAUGCAUAUGUCUGGGGAGCAUCAGUGAAGCAUCAGCCUCAAAGAGUUGGAAAAGAUCACGUACUUGUUGACGAGGAUGUCGUCCAGAUUGUCAAAAAGUGA